AUGAUCGGUUCGAAACCGGAUCCAAUGAUAAUGAUGAAAACGAUUCCUAGCAUUCAAGCUAUUCCGCAGGGGCACAAUCAAAGAAAUUCUCAAAGUGACGUUUAUCAACCAAUUCGACAACGACAAGUUUCAACUUAUCAAAUCAACGUUCGUCCUUAUGUGUCUGCUGUACACCCAAGGAUUAGACGACGUUCGUAUCAAUUGAAUCGUACCUUUACCCUUUCUCAAAGCGUUUCUGCUAUGAGAAGUAACUUUGUACAACCUCCUCCUCAACAACGGCAAACGGCAAUCGCUCUUACCGCUACUGAUUUACCCGAUUUAAUCAAUGCACAAACUUUGAUGAUAUUUCCCCAAAAAUUCCUAUUCCUUUGGAGGAAAAGAUGUGAUUGGUAA